CACCCUGUGGAAGUUACACGCGGUACAGCCCCCGGCUUUGAUGCAAAGCCACCUUUUCCUCCCUGGCUUCGGAGGGGUGCAUUGCAACUAUUAGAUUCCGUACAGCUGCCCGCCCCCAUUCCUUGCCGCCAGCACCAGCGACCGUGGCUUUGGCGAUAGUCCGCAGAGGGGCGCGGCGGGAAGUCUCUUUUCUACCGGAGUUCCGCCGGCCCUGCGCCUGCUUUCGCUCCGGGGACCGGGAGGAGGGGGCUCGACAGGUCGCCUCCCGCGUGCCCGCGUCCCGGGUCUGAUCGCCUGGGGUGAGUGCCUGCUCUUCCUCUGUCAUUCCAGUCGCCCAAGGUGACCUGUUUACCUUGAAAACUUAGACGUGAUCCGAACAGGAGAGCAGUAAGGGACUUCGCCGAUGUGCUUCCGAUAUUACACCGCAUAAACCAGAACCCAGAGCUACAAGAGACAUGUCUAAAGGGCCUGUAUUCCCUUCCAAGAUUCAUGCACAGUGGUUCAUUGUGUGAAGGACCUCAGUAUUUGAUUCCACUCCUACAACUUUUCACUGACGUUACACAGUGAGGAAAUUAUGAGCAACAACUAUCGCUCUCUGAGGGUGGAAACUGCCAUGAUUCACAAAGACAAGAAGUAAUUUUCUGUAAUCACAAGAUGACUCAGCAUUGGCGUGAAACAGAGAUUCUAAACUGCUUUUCUUGAAUUCGUGGAGGGAAAAUUACAAGUUACAGCCAUUGAACCUGAAAGAGCAUAUGUGCCGUGUGGUCUCUGCAGUCGCCUUCCAGAAACUGACCAAUAAUUGAAAAGGAAUAUUGCAACCUUCCAGCAUCAUAUUAGAGGUGGCAGGUGUCAUCAGGAAUGGGAGAAAGGAUGGAUUAUGCAGCGGCCCAGCUGGAGAAGCAGCAUGUGCAUGAUGUGUAUAAGAGCACCGCGCCUUACUUCAGUGACCUGCAGAGCAAAGCCUGGCCUCGUGUCCGCCAGUUCCUCCAGGAGCAGAAGCCAGGCAGCCUCAUUGCUGACAUAGGUUGCGGGACUGGAAAGUAUCUUAAGGUGAACAGCCAGGUCCAUACCCUGGGCUGUGAUUAUUGUGAGCCACUGGUAGAGAUUGCCCGGAAUAGAGGAUGUGAAGUCAUGGUAUGUGACAACCUUAAUCUCCCCUUUAGGGACCAGGGCUUCGAUGCCAUCAUCUCCAUAGGAGUCAUACAUCAUUUUUCUACCAAACAAAGAAGAAUCAGAGCAAUAAAAGAAAUGGCCAGGGUCUUAGUUCCUGGAGGCCAGCUGAUGAUUUACGUUUGGGCCAUGGAACAAAAGAACCGGCACUUUGAGAAGCAAGAUGUGCUUGUCCCAUGGAACAAAGCCUUGUGCUCCCAGUCCCUCUUAGAAUCCAGCCAGCCUGGGAGAAGGAAGCAGUGUGGGCACCCAGAAAGAAGCCACCCCUACCAUGCUCCCUGCUCCGGGUGUCGCUGUUCUUUUUGUUUUAAGGAGCGCUGUGAUUCGAAGCGGUCCCAUAGUGUGGACUGUGACUCUGUUCUGACUGGCACCUGCUGUGCAAAUACUUCUCAGGAAGGCGAAGAAGAAAAUGGAUUCUAUAACACAUUGGGAAAGUCUUUUCGUUCCUGGUUUUCCUCGAGAUCUUUGGAUGAAUCAACUCUGAGGAAGCAAACUGAAAGAGUGAGAUCCCUGAAAAACACAGAACCUUGGGCCAACAGCACUAUAUCCAUCCAGCCUUCAGGACACUCAAGUUUAGACUUGGAUCAUCAUGAGCCAUUUUCAACAGGAGAGCAAAAUUUAGAUGAGGACGUGUUUGUGGAGACGUCUCAAAAACAUCUGGAGUGGCUGAGAGCACCAGCCACAUGGAAGUAUCUGAACGGAAACCAUCAAGAAGACAUUAGGAGAAAUGGAGAGGAGAAUUUCCUGGGUAGCACUGUUACUAAGGAGAACCAUGUGGAUGCAGGUAACUUAGAAGAAGGGAACCCUUCUGCUAGUAAAGUAUGGAGAAGGAUUUCUGCAGUCGAUCCCACAGAUUCCAACCCAGGUGACACUGUUUCUGUCAAAGAAAAACAACCCAACAUUUUGGAUUCCAGAGCCUUUAUGCGCUAUUACCAUGUGUUUCGAGAAGGUGAGCUCUGUGGCCUGCUGAAGGAGAAUGUGUCGGAGCUCCAUAUUCUGAGCUCUGGGAAUGAUCAUGGCAACUGGUGUAUCAUUGCAGAGAAGAAGGGAAGUUGUGAUUGACUGGAUCAUUUUAGACAACUCCUCCAAAAGAUGAACCACCAUUCUUCUUACUGGGUUUGUGAUAUGAUUCCCUGAAUUGGGAUCCAGUUUCAUUACUUUUUAAUCCAUUGAUAUUUUGGUCUAUGGAGACUAUGAAUUCAUCAUCUUUUAAGGCUACAGACAAACACAGCGCUUGGCUUCUAAAGUAUCUGACAAAGAGAAUUUGUGGUUAAAUGUUACUAGAAGAGACCUCUAGAAGAAAUAUAACAUGACCUUCACUAUGGUUUGGAUUACUAUAGAAAUACACAUGUACUGUUUUUCAGUAUUAUACAGUGAUUUUUAAAAAGUCUAUCUUCUAAAAACAUCAUUUUUGUACAAUAAGGGGGUAAUUCCUGCUUCUCUGGUUAUAACUUAGAUUUAUGUGCAAGAUAAUCAGUACACUUAUACCAUUGCACAGAUGCAAACUGAACCAUGUGAUAAAUUAUUUCAUUGCCGAGGCCGUGCUUCUACUUUAAGUCUUCAGAAAGAUGAGAGACGGUGGACAGAGACAAGAAAUGUUCUGAGAACUUUUCUAAACAAUAAGCAAACUUGCUUCAAGACAAGUAAAUAAUAAGAUUUUUGAUGUUGCUCAAAAGGCCUUUAAAGGCACUGUCAGCAUGUAGAAAGUAGAGGAGGUGAGUCCUAGAAGUUGUGGCAAGUUACCCAGGUGGUGUUUUUCCAACCAUAUUAGAAGCAAGAAUACCCAGUUAUGGUAAGACCAAGACUGACUAGUGGGUUUUCACCUGGAAUGAUGCCUUUCUUAUGAAAUGAAGGGAUAUUAGGGAAAUGAAAAUCUGGUUGAAGUACUAUUUUAUUUUGGCUCUCAAAACAAAUGGAUUGUUAAUAUGCAAGAUAUUUGGCCUUGGUAGAGGACUUUUAGCUGGAUUUUAAAAAAUAACAUCUGGACAUUUAUCUUAUUAAAAGAGACUGCAUUUUAAUAGUUGUAGUAGGGAUUUAGGCAGAAUCAAGUCCUACUGAUUAAAGGUUCAAUUUCUGCCAAUUUUUAGACAAAUAGUUGGGCAUUAUCUGGUCACCACAUCUGUUUACAUUUAACCAUAGGUCUGUUUAAAUCCAUGUCAUGGAUCCUGAGACAUAGGUAUAAUUAGGAGAAACAGAAACAAGCUAACCCAGGAACAGUUUCAGAUAGUUCCUUACAGAGAAGAGAGUGAACAUUUGACAAAAGUCUUUUUACUGUAUGGACCACUGAAAUCCUGGAGGAAACCCAAUUCUUGUUUUGUUUUCCACUGAAAUUACUAAAAUAGUAAAAGAUUUCAUUGUUUGGGCCUUCUGUUUUCCCUCAGUGACUCAGCUUUCUAACUUAAAAUAAUGAUGCUACUUUCAAAGAAAUUUAAAGGAUUAUAUGUAAUGUGUAUGUGAAAAGUACUGAUGUUUAUUAUUCUCUCUUGGCUUCAAAAUAAGAUUGCACAUCAUCUUUUUGGUUGAUGAGGUUGUCGGGUAGAAAGGAACUCUAUGAUUUGUAUUGUUCUGGGCACAGUCUGCAUCAGAGGGAUGAUGAAAACAGACAUAAAAGUGGAAUGUAAAUUAAAAUUUAAUUUAAUGUCUUCCAUUUCUUAAAUGAGGACAUUAAACCAUGAGUGUAAGUGGG